AUGUCAUACUCCUUAUUUCGGCGCAGUUCAAUUACAAUACCAACUAACACUGCGACCUCAAACGGUCCUCUGCUCGCGUCUGCUUCGCCUCCCACUCGAUCAUCAAAGCAUUUUCCAAUAAUGUCAAAACCAUUCUCAUCCAACUCUUAUAUUCGUGGUCGGGGUUCUUUCACCGAAAGAAAACCUCCCCAUGUCAUCCUGCCAAUAACUCCAACACCUCCGCCACUACCACCUCCGCCUUCUAAUCCUCAGUUAGCACCAUUAAAGCCUCGAUCCAGAUCUCAGCAAUGGUCGUCUUCAAAGGCUUUUGGAAUAGCCGGACUUGAAAAGUUGCCCGCACCCACCACCACCACCAUCACUGCAGCUGUUAGGCUUGGCAGCCACAGCCAUCAUCGUAAAUUAAAAUCCACCACCUUUGUUUCAGUUCGUUCCCAAUCAGUGAAAGCACCAGCUCAAAGGAAACGCUCUCAAGGACAACCUCCACCACGACCGAUUCACAGACCUCGUCUCAUCGAUGAACGCAAGUCCCGUGAGCAGACGACCGUACCAUCUUCCUCUACCUCAUCACACUCCCAAGGUGGAGAGGAUGGUAAGAUCUCUCCCUUCUCACAACCUCUUCCUGUAAACACCUCAAGUCUUCGUCAAGAUGUCUUUCGUGUCACCAUCUGUGUCUUCCACUCCAGUCUCCUCUUAGUUUCCUACAUAGCUUGGACUACUUUUCUAAUUCUCCUCCUACCUGCCUUCUGCAUAUCCUACUGCAUUCGACAAAUCGGCCUCCUUCUUGCCCAACAUCGACGAUCUAGCCUAGUUGAAACCUUGUCUUCCCUCUCACUACAUUACCUUCAUGGUGAAGAUGCAGGAAGGAACAUUGUGGUAGUCAUCUAUCUUGGUGCCCCUGGGAUUAAGAUUGCUGCAUUGAAGAAACUUCUGGUCAAGCGUAUUUUCUCCACU